AUAUAUGAGUAGCAGGGACAGGUGAGCUCGGGCACGGACUAGUUUUGAAGUCGUUGCGCAGAUUUAAUUGUUAUAAGUUUAUCAGAAAGCGCUUUAAUGGUAACUCGGUUAAGAAAUUAUUAUUGUCUAACUUCAUGUCGUCUUUAUUUUACCUGUCAGCAUGUUACCGUCCUCUAACAGGGUCAAACUUAACCGAGCCGCGUUAAGGGACAUUGUUGGGCUAAAGUUGGGGCCGCGGAGACGGAAGCCGCAGUCGGUGAAAAAAAACUCGGCCUCUGUCUCCAGCGGCCAUGAACCCGACCAUGACCCCGUCCAUAGGUCCAAAACAGACCAAGUGGGCCCGGGAAACGGGACCGAAACCACCGCUAACCCCGCUGACAGGGAGCCGGAGGCUGGGAGCGAUAGGACCGUGAGACCCGCUGAAGGUCAGCCGGAGACGGGGACAGGUACGGAGAGGACGAAGCGGAGAAGUGGAGGCUGUAGUGUGGAGAUGAAACAGCAGGGGCCGAUCACUAGAGGUGAAUGUACGAAAAACGUGGAUUGCAGGACUGGUGUGCGGGACAUUGAGGAGGAUCCCGGGCCAGGAUCUCACCCAGUAGGAGCGGAGAUUCACAGAGACAAACGAAUGAAGCUUGUGGAUAGUGUAAAAGGUGGGAUUUUGCCAUCUGCUCCAGAUUUAGAAAGCAAUGGUCACAAAGACCCAGCAAAAACUGAUGCUAGAGACAAUGAGCUAACGUACCUUCGGACGUCUGAUGGCACACACUCAUGUUCACAGCAAGCGACUGAGGGCAGCAGCUCUUCUGGCUCAGCUGUGACAGAAAACUGUGUCCACAAGGUGCCGUGCGGUGAGAUAGACGAUCCCACAAAAAUGGAUGCAGCACAAACAUCAUCUCAACUGUCCUGCCAGGGUAGCGACGAAGACAUGGAUGAACCGGAGUCAUUCACCUGCCAGAGAGUGAGGGCCUAUUUUAGGAAAGAUUUUUGUUCUUGUGCACGCACAUACAUGUCCUGGCCCCGGUCUAACACAGGCUGGAAACAAACAGCAGAGCCUAUUGAUCCAUCAGCUGGAGAUAACAGCCACUCUUCGUUAAAUCAAAAUCAGCCAUGUUCAUCCAGCAGCCGAGCCAGUGACACGCCCUCAGCUGCACCUACAGACGCCUCCUCAGGCACAGCCCACCAGGUGUCUCAUCAAAUCGAAGAAAAGCAAGAAGAGGGUGGAGAAAGCAUUUUAGCAGAGAGAAAUGCAAAAAGAUGUGGAGACAUGUCGUCAUACUCUGUGGAGUUUGCAGCUCCCUUAAUGGAGGCUGCAGAAUCAUUAGCCAGUCGUCCCUCAGAUGCAGCUACCCUGUCCAGCCCAUGUCAGCGUGGAGGAGAGGCUGGCACCGACACACUCUCGGCCUCAUCUUCACCAGCGAAUGGACCUGAAACCGACAGCUCUACAUCCACCCCUCCCCCCUCAGUACUUGGCCUGGCUGAGUGGGACACUGCCACUACUUUGUCUUUAGUGUCGUCUCCAUUCACACAUGGUAGCUUGAGCUGCCUCUCAGCCACACCGUCCUCUCUCCUACCUUCAUCUGCCAGUGCGUUACCAUCAUCCUCCUCACCCAGAUGUGUGGUCAAAGAUACUGGACAAACAUUGCUCCACUGUGACGAAACCCAAAUGAUUUGGUCUCCAUCUUCUGCUUCUCCACACAACUCGGACUCCUUUGAUUCAUGCAACUCCUCCCUUCUCCUCCCCCAAGUUGUACACAAGAAUGAUGAAGGACGACUCUCAGAAAUAGACCCAAGUGAGUUCAGGGUGCCACCGCUGCUCUCUCCUGUCGCCUCACCACAAAGGUGCUCAUGGACACACCGCCUGCCCUCAGACAGUUCAGAUGAAGAGGAGGGGGAGGAAGACAACGACUACACCAAACACAAAACAUUACCUGGAUGUGACACGCCACCGAUUGUUAAUGCUGAUAAUGUAAACUCCAACGAUUAUCUUGAGCUUGGUAGUGAAGAAUUAGAAAAAGACUCAACAAGUUUUAAAACUACUUUAGGAAAAACUCAGUCUUCUUCAAGCACUGAUGAAGAUGAUGGUAAGGAAGAGGAAAGCCAGGAUGAAACUGACUAUGAAGAUGAUGUGGAAGUUCCGUGUGACCCUAAAGUAAAGGCAACUCUAACAUCGGGUGCUCUGAAAGAACCCUGCUCUUCUCCUGACAGUGAUGAAGAUGAUGGUGGAGCCUUCAGUGAUGAGGGACAGCCACGUUCUACUGGAGCAGAGGGGUCGAGUCCAUCUGAAACACAAGGCAGUAAAACGGACUGGUCUGAUGCAGAUUCAGCUGGUGAUAUUUUGGAUGAGUUCUCAGCUUACAAACAGGAUAUCCUCCUCGUCGAUGUGAUCCAGGAUGACCCAAACCUGUUUGAAAACAUACCCCAGCAAAGUCUGCUGAAACUGGGUCCCACCAGGGCGACAGAAAAAAACAGACCUAUCGCAGAGGUGAAAACACUGCUGCCAAGGAAAGACGGAGCGUCACCGGAAUUUAAACAGAGCCUGUCCACAGUUAAGAUUAAUUUUCUCUGUGACUGUCCUGAUAUCACAGAGGAGAGCAACAGCAGGCCGUGGAGACCUCAGUGUAGCAUCAGCCCUCCCAAAACAGAAAGCAACACGUGGGCUGCCACAGAGACGCAAACCAAAUACAUGGGCCAGUCUGACGUCAACAACAAUCCUGUAGACAAAGUCCUGGAGAGCUGCAGCCAGCCCAUCCCGACUGUAAACUCCCUGCACAGCCACACCCCUCCACUGAAGAGCGCAAGACAUGGGUCGUGGAUCACAAACCCAGCAAAUACGACAGUUUUGAGGCACCAGAAAUCUAACGAUUACUGCCGGCAGUACUUCAGUGAGUCCAUGUCCUGUGGGUUCAAGAUGUGUCGCUUCCAGCACGUGCCUUUGGUGGGGGACGAGAAGCUGUGUGUUGAAACUGUGACACGCUUCACCAAAAACCCAGUGUGCCUUCAGAAAGCAGGAGCCAUGUUUACAGGCUACUACCAGAACAACCCACCAGGAGUGUAUUUCUCCAUGCCGGUGUAUCUGUCACUCCUCGGAGCUCUGCUCAAAGCCGGCAUGGUGUCUGAUGUCUUCUCAGUCCUCAGCGUCAGCUUGGCCCACAAGGUUUUGCCUGGCCAUGAGUUCCUGUUGGCCCUCUUUAAUACAGUGAGAGAAAAGGGUCUCAUGGGAUUUGUACCUGAACUCAUGCAGCUCACAUUCAAGAUGGCCAGUGCAGGUCUGGCGCUGAGCUCGGACUGCCUCGAAUAUGUGAAAAACACUCCUGAGUUCCAGCGGACACUUCAUUCAAACUCAGUCGCUUCAGUGUCUCCUAACCACAAGUUAUCCAGCAGUGAGCCCUUUGCAGAGUACCUGAAUUUUGCCCACUCAAUCGUGGAAAUAGAGCUGUGUACCAAGCAGGAGGACUGGAGGCGGAUGGGUCAGGUCUUCAGGUCCAUCUGCAAAUCCAACAAACAUCCCAACCAAGUGGGGCGAAUCAGUGGUCGCAUUGCUAUAGCUCUCCUGUCUGAGAGCAAGGACAAGCUGUCACUGCCCUUUGCUGCCUUCGCUGAGUCAGUGUGUCAGAGUGAAGGUGAGGACAGCCAGAUGAGUUUUUUAGGCAGAAUCGGAGUCUCUCUGAUGCUGAGAUACCACAAAACACAUCAGUGGGCCAAGGGUCGCAGGGUGGUUCAGGUGCUGUCUUGUUCCAAAGUCAACUACUCAACACUGAAGGGUUUGUUUGGGAAUGAGGACAAAGCGUCCCGCUGCUACCUGAUCACCGUGGCGGCUGAGCUCUUCCUCCUGAGUGGCACCGUGGACGGAGCUCUGAACACACUCCGAGAAAACGAGUGGUUCCUGAGUUCGCGCUGGUGGCCGUGUAAGCCUGCUGACCUGGAGAGAAGGACUCAAUUGUUGAUACGUCUGGCUGAGAAAGCCUCUCACAGAAACAAGAUGGAGAUCCUCCGUAAUCUCCCUGGACUCAAAGAACCAGACGAUCUGGUUGAUGUCUCCAGGUAUGUUCCUCUGUUAAACGCUCACCUGCAGGACUUUGAGGACAGACAGAUUCUUACCGUAGCUUCAGACACGGUGGACUUCAUGCUCUCUAAAAAAAUAGCAGUUGAACAAAAGUUGCUGCAGAUGCUUUUGCAAAAACUGGGCAACCAUAACAUCUGGCUGCGUGCACGGGAAAUCUUCAAACACUCUCUGAGUGAGGGCUAUUACCCAGGUGUGUCGGCUCCUCCUGGUUUCAUGGCGCUGAUCGUCCCCUGGCAGCUGGGGGAGGUGGAGCUGGCUCUCACCUACGAGAUGUUCAUAACGGUCAACGCCACCGACAUUAUCCACCGGUCAGACAUCAGCACUUCCACUCUCAGCAUCACUCUGAAAAGGACUCAAAGCUGUGAGAGCGAGUAUCUGACGGCCAGCAGCCGCGUCCUCUCUGCAGCUUGUAUCACUCAUCCCAAACUCAUUGUUCACUACACGGCCGUUGACUUGGCACAGGAUCAAGUGUUCACGCUUGACGUUUCCUCUGCUCGAUGGUGGCUCCGUCACAAUCAUCUGUGGGCCAAUGAGGUGUGGGCGCACUGAACCAAACAGUCUCUGGUAGGACUUCUCUUUGCUUUCCUUCAAACUGUGUAUGUUCAGAGACAUCGGCUGACUCUGUUUUCCUCAUUUCAUUGGUUGUUUUUCGGAACACGUGUGUUUGUGUUGGCUGUGUUUGUAACAAUAAUGGUCAUAUUUCAGUUUAGUCUUUGACUGUGAAACAUAAAAUCAUAACCAAAGACUGACGCCAGCAUUAGUGUUUCACAAAGAUAACUUUGUUUUGUUUUAAAAUAUAUUUAAGGAUUUUUGUUUUUAGUUGUUGUUUCCUGAACGGUUCUUGUAGCUAACGUGUCUCUGGUUUAUGUCACUCAGUGUCUGUCGGGAACAGAGAUGUUACAGGUAUCAAAUUAAGUUUCUAACAGCAGUGUAAAUGUGAUGUGAGUGUAUAUAUUUGUGACGUGUUUAGUCUUUGACAGUAUGAUGCUACUGUGUUGUGUUAUUGAUUGUCAAACCUCAACUGUUGCUCGUUCCUGAGCGGAUUUCUAUUUUCUUUGUAUGCACCUUUGUACGUUUUAUAAAAAACAACAAAAAAAAAUUGUUCUCCAGACUCUGUGGUGUUUGUUCACAGACGGGAAAGAAAUCCUAAACAAAUAAUUUCAGUGAUAAAAGUUAAAAGGUUGGCAGGUAGGUAGCUGUUUUGGUUUGCAUGAGUGUGUUAGCAGCAUCGUUCAUCAGUCUCAUUAGCUUUUAUUUUAGUGAUUUAUUUUUGGUUGAACGAACGUUUUAUUAUCAUAAUUGAAACUCAACCGUUUUGUUGAUGGAAG